UUAAAAACACUUUCAUAUUCAAUUUCGCUAAACUGAUCAGAUCAGUAGAUCAUCACCGAACGUAACACAUAUUAUGUGUGGACUCGGAUCUUUGCUGAUGUUAUUGUAAACACACACGAGCAUAUGAGCGUUCAUAAGCGCUUGAUGUGUUGUUAUAGCCUGUUAUGAUGUGCUAGUUCGAUCCGGUUGAGCGGAUCCGAUCUGCGGGCUGAACCAGACUAACGGCGGAGGGAGCGCGUUUUGACCGGAGCGGUUCUGCUGUGAUUAUAUACCCGUGAUAUCUCCUCCGCGGCGGCGGGUGUUUCUCUCCCCGGCAGGAUGGAGCGGAUCGUGGGCCGCAGUGCUCCGCCAGGCCCGGUGCUGCAGGUGUGUUUCCCCAGCGCGCGCGCGUCGGUGCUGGAGAAUCUGAACCGGCAGCGCGAGGAGGGUCAGCUGUGUGACCUGUCCAUUCAGGUGCAGGGUCAGGUGUUCCGCGCGCACCGGUGCGUGCUGGCCGCGUCAUCGCCCUAUUUCCACGACCAGGUUCUGCUGAAGAACGUCACCACGGUGUCUCUUCCCUCCGUCAUGGACCCUCUGGCCUUCGAGAGCGUGUUAAACUCGGCCUACACGGGUCAGCUCAGCAUCGUGCGCGACGACAUCAUCAACUACGUCACGGUGGCCAGCUUCCUGCAGAUGUGGCACAUCGUGGACAAGUGCACGGACAUCCUGAAGAGGUCGCGACCUUUGGUUCAGGUCAGCCCCGGCGGGGCGACGUCCUCCAGUCACCAGUCGCCCAGCAGCUCUGACUGCUGCUUCGCUGAUCCGGAGGACGGGGAGCGAGCGGCGGGCGAACAAACUCUGGAAAAACGACCGCAAAGCGCGUUUCCGCCUCUGGCCACAUGGAGGCGUCCGACUCAGAGCCGGUGGAGCAGAAGCAGCCUGACGUUCCCCGUCCGAACCGAGCCCGAAUGCAACCCGAAUACGGGGAUGAGUUUCCACACAUUCCCCGUCGCACCUUUGCCGUCCAUCGAAACUUCAGACUUCGCGAGGCACCGAAUCCGCGCUCGCCUCCGAGGAGCGAAGGAAGACGAGGAGCAGCGGAGGAUGGAAGCAGACGAAGGAGUCGGAGAGCCGCUGGAUGAGGACAAAGUGAGGGUGAAGUGUGAGGAACACCAGGCCGGAGCCGUCGAGUCGGACGGACGUCUCAGAGAGAGCGAGAGCGGCGAGACGGACGGACUGUGGAACCAGUGGACUUUGUCAGACGCCAGGCUGCUGGACGAAGACGAGGAGGACGAAACGGACGCCGCGUUCGAGACCUACGACGAGAUCGGGAAGGCCACGGGGCAGAUUUCCCAGCGUCCUUUGCCACCGCCGACGUCCGACCAGUUGGCUCCGGGACCGUCCGAGCUCUCCUGGGUCUCGCAGUCGUCCUCGUCCUCCUCCCCGUGCUCUCCUCUUUCUGCGGCGCCCAAAGUCCACUUCUGUCACUGCGGCAAAGCGUACACGCUGAAGAGCAUGCGCGACCGCCACGUGAAGAUGCAGCACCUGAACCUGCGUCCGUUCGCCUGCCCCGUCUGCUCCAAGAGCUUCAAGAUGAAGCACCACCUGACCAAACACGUCAAGACACACGGAGGCCUGCGUCCCUACGAGUGCGCGCUCUGCGGCAAGAAGAUCGUCUGGAGAGACAGUUUCCUCAAGCAUCAGGCUCGCUGCCAGGGAACGACGACGACAACGUCUGACUGUCAGAAUGAGGACGCAGAUGCAUCUGGACAAGUGAAGGUGGAACAGGAUGAUUAUUCAGUACAGGACGAGGAAAUACACUCUUAAAAGUAAAAGUACUGAAAGAGGUUUUUGCGUUGAACGCCGAAGUAAUGCCAUUCCUUUCAGUCAACAACUCCACUAUGAACUGACGUUUAAAGAUUCUGUGGAUGUUAAAGGUUCUUUAUGGAAUCAUCGAAGAACCUUUAUUUUUAAGAGGUCACACACUCUUAAAAAUAAAGGUUCCUAAAGAGGGUUCACCCGAAGAAGUGAUCAGUUCUUAAAACAACCAUUUUUUUUUCUUAGCGUGGAUGUUGAAGGUUCUUUCCACUGUGAAGAACCUGUAAUGGUUCCAUGGAGGUUCUUAAUGGAAAUAUUGGCACCAAUAAACCUUUAUUUUAAGAGUGUAGACAGACGUGUCGUGAACAAAAGGAAACAACAGAGAUCAGUAUUAGUUUAUCUACUAAUUCAUUACUGAAAGAGGAAAUACACUCUUUAAAAAUAAAAGUUCCAAAACAAUGUUUUUGCAUUGAAUGCCAUUGAAGAACCAUUUUUGGCUCCCCAAAGAACCAUGAAUGGACAACAUUUUAAUAAUCUAUACAACUUUUUCCCACUGUAAUGAACCUCUUGUUCCACGGAUGUUACAAGUCCUUCAACCA